UAGCCUACAGCGACUGUCUGUGUAGGCUAUCCACAGGGAUGCAGCCUCUGCAGUAGCCUAUUGGCUACUGUGCGCGCAAUGGCGCACACUCACCGGGCACUACUGGAUUUUAGGAGUGUUAGUCCAAUGUACGUGACGAUACGCAGCCUAAGCGGAAAAAAAACAUAUAUAUCGGGGAGACCCAGCUGUCAGCUGCAGAAACCUAAACAGGUGGCCUCUUCAAAGACUCGCGCAUCAAGGCGAAAAGACUAACAGUUUACAGCUUGCUUCUUUCUCUAAUCUCCUGCUGACGACAGCAAUACUGACCCUAUGUUUAGAAAUAUGACUGUUGCAGUUUGAGUUUCAGGACCCGAUCAGUUUGUGUUGAUUCAAGAGACAAUCGCUCCUCGGUUUGACUUGGGCUGCUGAAUUUUAAGAGAAUCUGAACGUGACAAGCCGUCUGGACUUUUGAAGAUGUGCUCGCGACUUGCAUUUACCUGGAGUUUACUGUAGUUACUUUCACUCGUAAGCUACAUUCAAAGCGGCAUGUUUCCCGAAAUUAAUAACAAGGUGAGGUCAAUAAUCAAUUUUGAGUAUAUAUAUCCAUGAAUCCGUUAUUUAUUUCAAUCUUUAGGCUACAGAUGUUGACAAUGCAGUUUUUACAGCAUUUAUUUUUUCUCUCUUCUCUUGUCUUUUAUUUUAUCGUUUGCUUGAACAUCAGAAAAUUAUGUAUUUUUAUGUCACUGAAGUCUGAAAGAACAUUAAUUUUGUAGUUGAAAUUGUGUGGAGAUUCACUUUUCUUUUCCACUUACCCACUGAUUUCAUAUACAGAAUAUUAUGAUAUGUGUUAUAAAGUAAACAGUAGUAGGGGCUAAAUAUUAUGACCCAUUUAGUAGUUUGCUUAUGGGUUCUCAUGAUUAUCCGAGAAGGUAUUCAAGAUAAACAUGAUCCAUGGCUAUUUUAGUCUACACAUGGUUAGAUUCAUGGUGUUGACAGAAGCUCUAUAGCUUUACCAUAAACAGUAUCACACAUGACCAAGGAUAGGAAAACAGCAACUCUUUCAUCCACUUUUUACAAAGAAUAUUAGCCUUGUUGACAUCUGUCAUUUAUUAUUUGCAACAUCAUUGUCACAUUGAUCAGCAGCCAUCUAUAAAUCAGUCAGUGUAUUUUCUCUGAAUCAAGUAAUAAUUUGAGACUCUCAAUCAGCUUUUCUUGGUGGGAUUGAUGCUCUCCUUUUCAUGAGCAAAAAUGUGUACAUUUCUGUAUAGCUACUAAAACUUAAUCUGUUUUUGAUGCUUUUCAACUCAGACAGUUGUUGUUUCCAUUCGCUGCCAAUUCAAUAUUUGCAAUACAUUCAUUACCAUUGGCGUUGAAGCUUUACUUUCCUCAUGCUUUCUGUAACUGGUUUCAUGUGAGUCUCAGAAAAUACAUAUUAGGAAUACUGUGGUCCCUUUCAAGGACCUGCAUGAUGUAAAAAAUCCAAAAGCUCUUUCCAGUAUCCAGUGAGAUGUGCACUGCAACUAUUGGCAGCUUCUUUGUUGCUCUGGGCAUCAUUGCUCUACUGACCCACCCAGACCCUGUUGACAGGUCAGGGGAUGACCCCAUCCCCAGCACACCUCCCUCUCGUGACCACAACCCAAGUGGAAAUACAGGGUAACACAUAUAACACUACAAGUGACCUCAGACAAGUAUUGCAUGCUUAGAAUGGGUGGCAGCUAGCCAAGCGUUUAAGAGCUUUGGGCCAGUAACUGAAAGGUCGCUGGUUUGAAUACCUGUCUGCUGUCGGCUGAGUGCCCAUUUCAAACGGAUGAGCGGUUUUGUGGGAUUGUAUCUGCUUACAGUAAGCAGACGUACAGUACCUGUUUAGUUUAGUGCCCUACCACAGUGGCACACAUCGCAGUACAACCCUCACUCUCACAAUCCUCCCAGGGGGCGGCCAAGGUUGUGUUACACGUGAAUCCUGCAGAUUCCAAACAUAGCCAAUGGUGAAGGCAAUCCUAGGUGGGCACUGGUGUUCUACUCCUCUAAGUCUUCUAAUACAAUACCAUGCCAUAUCUUUUUAUACAUUGCCCUGGGUAUGAAUGGGAAUCAAAUACAGUCAUAUUCUCGCCAAGGAACCCAUAUGGGUCAGUAAGAUGCAAUUGGCCAUUUCAUAAAGAAUAUGGAGCAUAUGGAUGAAAGAGAUGUCUAUCUAGUGAACUCAUGAUCUUUUAAUCCAAUUGUGUUAUUUAGGUCAAGUCCAUUCUCAAUCUGCUCUGCUAACCAGCCAGCCAUUGCCUAACCCUCUCUGUCUCUCUGAGUUUUACCUGUGCUCAUCUGGGCUGGAUGUUUCAGUCCACCCAUAUGGUGUCUCUCAUUCAACACACUGUGUUAGUUGACACACUCCCCUCUGAGUAAGGCAUGUGUAAGUCUGGCUAUUCUGCCUCAGUGGCACCAGAGAUAAUAUAAUCUCAGCGGCUCAUAUGACCCCAUAUAGCCCUGCAUCAGACUGAAUUGGGCUUUGUGAAAUGAAGUGAAGGAUCUCUCUGGUGCCAGGCUAAAACAGCCCUCUGCUCUCUCCAUCAACACCAUCAUCACAUUUUACAUUUACAUUACAUUUUAGUCAUUUAGCAGACGCUCUUAACCAGAGCGACUUACAGGAGCAAUUAGGGUUAAGUGCCUUGCUCAAGGGCACAUUAACAUCAUUUAGCAGACGCUCUUAGCCAGAGCGACUCACAAAUUGGUGCGUUCACCCUAUAGCCAGUGGGAUAACCACUUUACAAUUUGGGGGGGGGGGGGGGGGGGGGGGGGGGGUUAGAAGGAAUACUUUAUCCUAUCCCAGGUAUUCCUUAAAGAGGUGGGGUUUCAAAUGUCUCCGGAAGGUGGUGAGUGACUCCGCUGUCCUGGCGUCGUGAGGAAGCUUGUUCCACCAUUGGGGUGCCAGAGCAGCGAACAGUUUUGACUGGGCUGAGCGGGAGCUGUGCUUCCGCAGAGGAAGGGGAGCCAGCAGGCCAGAGGUGGAUGAACGCAAUGUCCUCGUUUGGGUGUAGGGACUGAUCAGAGCCUGAAGGUACAGAGGUGCCGUUCCCCUCACUGCUCCAUAGGCAAGCACCAUGGUCUUGUAGCGGAUGCGAGCUUCAACUGGAAGCCAGUGGAGUGUGCGGAGGAGGGGGGUGACGUGAGAGAACUUGGGAAGGUUGAACACCAGACGGGCUGCGGCAUUCUGGAUGAGUUGUAGGGGUUUAAUGGCACAGGCAGGGAGCCCAGCCAACAGCGAGUUGCAGUAGUCCAGACGGGAGAUGACAAGUGCCUGGACCAGGACCUGCGCCGCUUCCUGUGUAAGGCAGGGUCGCACUCUCCGAAUGUUGUAGAGCAUGAACCUGCAGGAGCGGGUCACCGCCUUGAUGUUGGCGGAGAACGACAGGGUGUUGUCCAGGGUCACGCCUAGGCUCUUCGCACUCUGGGAGGAGGACACAGCGGAGUUGUCAACCGUGAUGGCGAGAUCAUGGAACGGGCAGUCCUUCCCCGGGAGGAAGAGCAGCUCCGUCUUGCCAGGGUUCAGCUUGAGGUGGUGAUCCGUCAUCCAUACUGAUAUGUCUGCCAGACAUGCAGAGAUGCGAUUCGCCACCUGGUUAUCAGAAGGGGGAAAGGAGAAGAUUAGUUGUGUAUCGUCAGCGUAGCAAUGAUAGGAGAGACCAUGUGAGGAUAUGACAGAGCCAAGUGACUUGGUGUAUAGGGAGAAAAGGAGAGGGCCCAGAACCGAUCCCUGGGGGACACCAGUGGUGAGAGCACGUGGUGCGGAGACAGCUUCCCGCCACGCCACUUGGUAGGAGCGACCGGUCAGGUAGGACGCAAUCCAGGAGUGAGCCGCGCCGGAGAUGCCCAUCUCGGAGAGGGUGGAGAGGAGGAUCUGAUGGUUCACAGUAUCAAAGGCAGCAGACAGGUCUAGAAGGACAAGAGCAGAGGAGAGAGAGUUAGCUUUAGCAGUGCGGAGAGUCUCCGUGACACAGAGAAGAGCAGUCUCAGUUGAAUGACCAGUCCUGAAACCUGAUUGGUUUGGAUCAAGAAGGUCAUUCUGAGAGAGAUAGCAAGAGAGUUGGCUAAAGACGGCACGCUCAAUAGUUUUGGAAAGAAAAGAAAGAAGGGAUACUGGUCUGUAGUUGUUGACAUCAGUGGGGUCGAGUGUUGGUUUUUUGAGGAGGGGAGCAACUCUCGCUCUCUUGAAGACGGAAGGGACAUGGCCAGCGGUCAAGGAUGAGUUGAUCAGCGAGGUGAGGUAGGGGAGAAGGUCACCGGAGAUGGUCUGGAGAAGGGAGGAGGGGAUGGGGUCAAGCGGGCAGGUUGUUGGGCGGCCUGCAGUCACAAGUCGCAGGAUUUUAUCUGGAGAGAGAGGGGAGAAAGAAGUCAAAGCAUAGGGUAGGGCAGUGUGAGCAGGACCAGCAGUGUUAUUAGACUUAACAAACGAGGAUCGGAUGUCGUCAACCUUCUUUUCAAAGUGGUUGACGAAGUCAUCCACAGAGAGAGAGGAGGGGGGGGGGGGGGGGGAGGAGGAUUCAGGAGGGAGGAAAAUGUGGCAAAGAGCUUCCUAGGGUUAGAGGCAGAUGCUUGGAAUUUAGAGUGGUAGAAGGUGGCCUUAGCAGCAGAAACAGAUGAAGAAAAUGUAGAGAGGAGGGAGUGAAAAGAUGCCAGGUCGGUAGGGAGUUUAGUUUUCUUCCAUUUCCUCUCCGCUGCCCGGAGCUCUGUUCUGUGAGCUCGCAGUGAGUCAUCAAGCCACGGAGCUGGGGGGGAGGACCGAGCCGGCCGGGAGGAUAGGGGACACAGAGAGUCAAAGGAUGCAGAAAGGGAGGAGAGGAGGGUUGAGGAGGCAGAAUCAGGAGAUUGGAGGGAGAAGGAUUGAGCAGAGGGAAGAGAUGAUAGGAUGGAAGAGGAGAGAGUAGUGGGAGAGAGAGAGCGAAGGUUGCGGCGGCGCAUUACCAUCUGUGUAGGGGCAGAGUGAGUAGUGUGGGAGGAGAGCGAGAGAGAAAAGGAAACAAAGUAGUGGUCGGAGACUUGGAGGGGAGUUGCAGUGAGAUUAGUAGAGGAGCAGCAUCUAGUGAAGAUGAGGUCAAGCGUAUUGCCUGCCUUGUGAGUAGGGGGGGACGGUGAGAGGGUGAGGUCAAAAGAGGAGAGGAGUGGAAAGAAGGAGGCAGAGAGAAAUGAGUCGAACGUGGACAUAGGGAGGUUGAAAUCCCCCAAAACUGUGAGGGGUGAGCCAUCCUCAGGAAAGGAACUUAUCAAGGCGUCAAGCUCGUUGAUGAACUCUCCAAGGGAACCUGGAGGGCGAUAGAUGACAAGGAUAUUAAGCUUAAAUGGGUUAGUGACUGUGACAGCAUGGAAUUCAAAUGAGGAGAUAGACAGAUGGGUUAGGGGAAAAAUUGAGAAUGUCCACUUGGGAGAGAUGAGGAUUCCUGUACCACCACCCCUCUGACCAGAUGCUCUCGGGGUAUGCGAGAACACAUGGUCAGACGAGGAGAGAGCAGUAGGAGUAGCCGUGUUUUCAGUGGUGAUCCAUGUUUCCGUCAGCGCCAGGAAGUCGAGGGACUGGAGGUUGGCAUAGGCUGGGAUGAAGUCAGCUUUGUUGGCAGCAGAACGGCAGUUCCAGAGGCUGCCUGCGACCUGGAACUCCAGGUGAGGGGUGCGAGCAGGGACCACCAGGUUGGAGAGGCAGCAGCCGCGCGGUGUUGUGCGUUGUUUGUGUAGCCUGUGCAGAGACGAGAGAACAGGGAUAGGCAGAGGCAUAGUUGACAGGCUGUAGCAAAUGGCUACAAAAAUGCAGAGGAGAUCGGAAUGAAAUGAGCUAAGCAUCUGGGAGAGGAGAGAGGGGGGCCUCCCUCACCAAAAACUUCUACCUCAGAAACUAAAAUUGUUUCACUGAACAGUUGUUCAAUGUUUAAAGGAAUAAACUCAAACCCACUUUAUUCAGCUAGCCAACUAUGACACCAUAGCUGACUAGCAUGCUAGCAUCCAAUAACACACAGUUUAACACACAGUUAAGCACCAAUACUCACAACAAACCACCAAUAGUGUGUUAACUAGCUAACCAGCAUGCCAGCAUCCAGUAACACACAGCCAAGCACAAACACUUGGUCACAGCAAACCACCAAUAGUGUGAUAACACACUAAACAGAUCAUUCGUGUCUGUGUCAAGUUCCUUUCAUGACGCAGCAAUGAUUCAACAUUGGCUAGCUAGGACAAGUAUAUUGUAAUUAGCUACUACCGCACCGUUCGCUGGUCGUGCUGGGUAGCUAGCAAUGGCCACUGUGUUGGCUUUGUUUGAAGAACGGCUAGCUAGCUAGCUUCGUGCUACACCCGGCACACAAUGGCUACUGUGUUGACUCUGACUCUGUUCGAAAAAACGGCUAAUUAGCUCGCUUCGUGCUACAGCCGGCACGGCGGAAGACACUGCCAAGACACAGUAGCUACCCACGAUACCUAGCUAUGACGCCGUAGCUAACUAGCAAGCUAGCAUCCAUUAACACACAAUUAGCACCAAUACUUGGUUACAACAAACUGCCAAGAGUGUGUUAGCACACUAGCACACUAAACAGAUGAUUCAUGUCCGUGUCUAGUUCCUUACAUAACGCAGAACGCAGCAACGCAGAACGCAGCAAAAAUUAAACGUUGGCUAGAAGCACAUUUAACAGUGGGAACAGCUAAUCGUUACCAGUAGCUACCCGCUAGCUAGCUAGCCUCGUGCUUCGAUACUAACCUACAAUAACCUACAAUAACAACAAUACUAACCUAUAAUAAAUACAAUACCUAACUACAACUAACUACCAACCUACGAUCUAAUGCAUGGUUAAGCUAUACUCAACACCAAAUGAGAAGUUUGCUUACCUCCAGCUAGAGAGCUAGCUAGCCUCGAGCUUCAAUACUAGCCUACAAUAACCUACGGAAACCUACAAUAACAACAAUACUAACCUAUAAUAAAUACAAUACCUAACUACAACUAACUACCAACCUACGAUCUAAUGCAUGGUUAAGCUAUACUCAACACCAAAUGAGAAGUUUGCUUACCUCCAGCUAGAGAGCUAGAGAGCUAGAGAAAAACACGUCCUCUCCCGACUACCUUACACUCUUCAUAGAACAUCAGAGGUUAACAAGCCUAUGCUCCAGUAAAGAAAUGCAGCUUGUGGAAAGACUGAGGAUAACGAGACCAUUGUUACUGUGGUAGUUAAUUGCAUAAGAUACUCUAAUUUUGGAGAGUGUGCAUCAUCUUUGCUUGCAUGGUAGUAAUCCUACUUCACUGCCCACAGGCUGUAUCUAUCUGUGAGACCCACCGCUGUGCUGGGCUUGAAACACCCACCAGCAACAAUCAGGCUAUUUAUUCUCCUCAUUCACAGAGAUACUUUGAAGUUCAUCAGUUUCGGUUACUAAAAAUAUGUGGUUCAUAAUUCAGAUUCAGACCUCAAUCACUUGUUAUGAGUCAUAUUUAAUCUAUUUAACAAAACGUAAUCUAUGCAGGUGUUUAUUUUAAUUUUUUAAUUUUACCUUUAUUUAACUAGGCAAGUCAGCUAAGAACAAAUUCUUAUUUACAAUGACGGCCUACAACGGCCAAACCCGGACGACGCUGGGCCAAUUGUGCGUCGCCCUAUCACGGCCGGUUGUGAUACAGCCUGGAAUCGAACCAGGGGGUCUGUAGUGACGCCUCAAGCACUGAGAUGCAGUGCCUUAGAACGUUGCGCCACUCGGGAGGUGUAGAGAAGUUCUGUGUGUAAAUGUAAUGUUAAGUGAAGUCUCCCAUAUUCCUUUCCUCCACAGUCUUCUAGACCAGAGGCCUUCCCCCACUCACACAGACUCCAGACCCAACAGGCAACCAACCGACCCUAUUCACAGGUGAGCCUUUACUCACUGGUGACCCCUGACCUGUAGAACAUUUGAGCCCCUACAGACCCACUCUUUUUCAAUCCUGUAUCUUUCUGUCUAUGCAGUGCCCUCCCCCUUCACUCCACCAAAACUCACUACCCUAGCUAGCUCAUGCUAUUGGGAGUAAAUGUUUAAUGUUGUUAGUGAAUGACAACUCCAGGGGAUAACUUUGGCCUUCCAUUUACAGUGAUGAACUUAAAGCAGUCCUCACUGUCAAUAGACCAGGAUGUGUUUAAGAACACAGUAUAGUAGCCUACACUCUUAGAAAAAGGGUUCCAAAAGGGUUCUUUGGCUGUCCCAAGAGGAUAACCUUUUUUGGUUCCUGGUAGAACUAUUUUGGGUUCCAUGUAGAACGGAUUCUGUGGAAAGGAUUCUACAUGGAACGCAAAAGGGUUCUACCUGGAACCAAAAAGGGUUAUUCAAAGGGGACACCCGAAGAACCCUUUUAGGUUCUAGAUAGCACCUUUUUUUCUAAGAGUGUACCUAAUCAGCCUGCUGCUCAUCUGUUGGUCUUUACAAAUGCUGUUUUGAAUUAAAUAAAAUUGUACCUACACACUGAAGAAGGCUGUAAACUCGAAACGUCUGUGUAGUAAACGUCUGUGUAGUAAACGUCUGUGUAGUAAACGUCUGUGUAGUAAACGUCUGUGUAGUAAACGUCUGUGUAGUAAACGUCUGUGUAGUAAAAAAUUAAAAACAUUGAAUAAUGAAGUAAGCUUUAUGUGACAUCUUUUUGAGUGCGAACCCAUUACACCCCUUUGUUUGUCUGAAUUUGCAGGUUUUACGCUCCAGCCAAGCUUCUGGGAGAGCACCAUGGUUCUCUUUUCAUUACCUAGUCAGCCUGCCCUGACUCCAGUUGUGUGCAGGCAUGAUACUGUAUUUACCAUUUGCUUGUUGUAGCAGGUCCUUGGAACUAUAUUUAGCCUGUGUCUCUAUGCGUCAUAACCAAGUUGGAAGCUACUGCAGCAGCCUGUGCACGUGCGAUUAAAUAUCACCGCUAUGUAUAGACUGGGUUGGUGUUUUGGGCUGCUGUGCUUGCUGUAACCAAAGCAAACGGAUAAAGAGCUACUGGUUCCACUUUACAAUAACUGGCCCUAAUAAUACCUUUGUAUUUACAUGUUAGUUAUAUAGGCAGAUACAUUGCCAUUGCCAUGUAGGAAGUCAUUAAAUCUGUUACUGGCAUGUACAAUUUUUUAAAAAAUUCUUAAUAAACUCAUGAUCCCUGUCGUAGCCUAGGUAAGAGGUCUCCUUUCCCCCAUCAUUAGUUUAGCUAUGCCUGCAAGGCAGCCAGUGACAUAUGUAAACGUGCUCCUACUGCAAGCAGGAUGGCAGCUAGAGAAAGGCCUGCUCCAGUUCAGAUCCCCCUCAGCAGCAGCUAGCACUGACAGACUGUCAGGGCUCAGUCUCCAGGCUUUUGUCCCGGCCUCACUCUCACCCUGCUGAGUAAUUCCACCCUCAACCCUGGGGGUCCUGGUUACCCUCGCCACCACAAUUAGAACGGAUGUAGCACUCUCUACCUCCCUUUAUUUCUCCCUCCAAUUCCCCCUCUCCCUCCUUUUUCCCAUCUUGUCCGUAAAAUAUGUGAUCACAUAGUCUCUUCCAACAGCCGCUGUAACUCUGACACAACUGGGGUUAGAGCACCAUGAGUCUGGCAAGCGAGACUAGUUAUGACGAUACAAUAUGUUAUUACACUUUUAAUGUUUUCAUCUGCAUAUUUUAAAAAUACUUUUUUUAUUUGAACCCUUCUCUCUCUUGUAGAAGUUGAACUCGGGCAUAGGGACCUUGCCCCAGCUGGAGCCCCCGGUUAUACAGGUGGUUGUCAGCAAUGCCAAACUCCACCACCAGCAGUCCGAUAGCAUCCUGCCCCACAUCGCCAACAAGGAGCUGCAGAACAGCUACCAGACACACCAGGUGAGGCUACAUUUCACACUGUGUCACACUAUACUGUUGGCGUCCAAAAGUAGUUCACUUGACUCUAGUUGUCUAUUGUAAAUGCACAUGAUAGUAAGUCCUUGAUAGUUUAUACAUCUUCAAGUGAAACCGCUCAGCUGACAUGCAAUAUCCCAGUAAUGUAAAAGGAAGUGAGAGCCGUUUCAUCAGGGUUACGCUUAGUGACAGAGCCUAAGUGUUGAGAGGACAGAUCAACUGACCUCUUGAUCCCUUUUGUGAUUGGCAGGAUGAGAGACCAAAGCCCUCCUCCCAGUUCUCCACAUGGUUCGGCUCCUCAGUGGAGAACCUGGCUGACUCUAUCACCACCAAGGGUCUCAGCAACAAGCUGGAGGAGACAAAGCUUUAUGAGGGACUGAGGCUGCCCAUGUCUCCCACAGAGGCACUGAGGCACUUCCAGGGGCGUCUGACAGAGUUUGAGCAGGAGGAGAUCAUGGACUACUCAGAGAUCUGGUUCCUGGGUCUGGAGACUAAGAAGAUCGAGGCCUCUCACGGAAUUCCUCAGAAUGCAGGCUACGACGACGAGCACGGCAGCUACAACAAGGUACAGUUACAUCAAUGAUUUGAAUAGAAAUGUGUCAUUAUUCUUGUGGUUCCUUGGGUUAAGGUGUAAGAUGAUUUGUUUGUUUGUUUGCUGUGAUAUAACCAGUCAGACCAUCAAACUGACCUAUCUCUCAACUUCACAAUAAACUGCAGUGAAAUUAUGCUAAGGCACAAGAACAGAAGUCCCAUGCACUCUAGCCAAACUGCCAUGUGAGCCUAACUGACUAUCCACAGGCAUUUAGUGUCUUAUUCCAUUCUGUAUGAAUGUGCUGUCACAGGGAGACUGACUGUGAACAUUAUUUAGACUCAUGGCCCUAUGCCCCCAUUCAUGGUAACCUCUAGGUCACACAGAACUAGUCAAGUCAUGACAGAUGCUCAGCUAAAUAACCAAAUGAAACAACACAGGAGCAGUAUUAUUAUGAACUAACUUUUAACUAACUAACUUUUCCUAACUUUAACUAACUUUUAACUAACUAACUUGACCUAACUUUAACUAACUUGUAACUAACUAACUUCACCUAACUUUUAACUAACUAACUUUAACUAACUUUUUAACUAACUUUUAACUAACUAACUUUAACUAACUUUUUAACUAACUUUACCUAGUUUUAAUUAACUUUUUAACUAACUAACUUUUCCUACUAGCACUGACUUUGCUGAUAACUACUUUAUUGAGGGAAAAUGUACUUGCUACGACUGUGAUAUACUGUCUCACCUAGCGAUCUUAAGAUGAAUGCACUAACUGUAAGUCACUCUGGAUAAGAGCAUCUGCUAAAUGACUAAAAUGUAAAUGUCAAUGAACUAGUGUUUGGCACUGGAAGUAGGGCAAAUGUGCCUUACAGUGAGGGAAAAAAGUAUUUGAUCACCUGCUGAUUUUGUACGUUUGCCCACUGACAAACAAAUGAUAAUUUUCUAUAAUUUUAAUGGUAGGUUUAUUUGAACAGUGAGAGACAGAAUAACAACAAAAUAAUCCAGAAAAACGCAUGUCACAAAUGUUAUAAAUUGAUUUGCAUUUUAAUUAGGGAAAUAAGUAUUUGACCCCCUCUCAAUCAGAAAGAUUUCUGGCUCCCAGGUGUCUUUUAUACAGGUAACGAGCUGAGAUUAGGAGCACACUCUUAAAGGGAGUGCUCCUAAUCUCAGUUUGUUACCUGUAUAAAAGACACCUGUCCACAGAAGCAAUCAAUCAAUCAGAUUCCAAACUCUCCACCAUGGCCAAGACCAAAGAGCUCUCCAAGGAUGUCAGGGACAAGAUUGUAGACCUACACAAGGCUGGAAUGGGCUACAAGACCAUCGCCAAGCAGCUUGGUGAGAAGGUGACAACAGUUGGUGCGAUUAUUCACAAAUGGAAUGGAAGAAACACAAAAUAACUGUCAAUCUCCCUCGGCCUGGGGCUCCAUGCAAGAUCUCACCUCGUGGAGUUACAUUUUACAUUUACGUCAUUUAGCAGACGCUCUUAUCCAGAGCGACUUACAAAUAGGUGCAUUCACCUUAUAGCCAGUGGGAUCCCUACUAUACAAUGUUUUUUUAAAUAUUUUUUUUCUUUAUGUAUUUUAUAGUUUUUCUAUCUAUUUUUUAAAUUUUUUUAUAUAUAUAUUUUUUUGGGGGGGUUGGGGUUUGGGUUGGGUUGGGGUAAGGGGGGGGGGUAGAAGGAUUACUUUAUCCUAUCCCAGGUAUUCCUUAAAGAGGUGGGGUUUCAAAUGUCUCCUGAAGGUGGUGAGUGACUCCGCUGUCCUGGUGUCGUGAGGGAACUUGUUCCACCAUUGGGGUGCCAGAGCAGCGAACAGUUUUGACUGGGCUGAGCGGGAACUAUGCUUCCGCAGAGGUAGGGGAGCCAGCAGGCCAGAGGUGGAUGAACGCAAUGCCCUCGUUUGGGUGUAGGGACUGAUCAGAGCCUGAAGGUACGGAGGUGCCGUUCCCCUCACAGCUCCGUAGGCAAGCACCAUGGUCUUGUAGCAGAUGCGAGCUUCAACUGGAAGCCAGUGGAGUGUGCGGAGGAGCGGGGUGACGUGAGAGAACUUGGGAAGGUUGAACACCAGACGGGCUGCGGCAUUCUGGAUGAGUUGUAGGGGUUUAAUGGCACAGGCAGGGAGCCCAGCCAACAGCGAGUUGCAGUAAUCCAGACGGGAGAUGACAAGUGCCUGGAUUAGGACCUGUGCCGCUUCCUGUGUAAGGCAGGGUCGUACUCUCCGAAUGUUGUAGAGCAUGAACCUACAGGAUCGGGUCACCGCCUUGAUGUUAGCGGAGAACGACAGGGUGUUGUCCAGGGUCACGCCAAGGCUCUUCGCACUCUGGGAGGAGGACACAACGGAGUUGUCAACCGUGAUGGCGAGAUCAUGGAACAGGCAGUCCUUCCCCGGGAGGAAGAGCAGCUCCGUCUUGCCAAGGUUCAGCUUGAGGUGGUGAUCCGUCAUCCAUACUGAUAUGUCUGCCAGACAUGCAGAGAUGCGAUUCGCCACCUGGUUAUCAGAAGGGGGAAAGGAGAAGAUUAGUUGUGUGUCGUCACCGUAGCAAUGAUAGGAGAGGCCAUGUGAGGAUAUGACAGAGCCAAGUGACUUGGUGUAUAGGGAGAAUAGGAGAGGGCCUAGAACUGAGCCCUGGGGGACACCAGUGGUGAGAGCACGUGGUGCGGAGACAGCUUCUCGCCACGCCACUUGGUAGGAGCGACCGGUCAGGUAGGACGCAAUACAAGAGUGAGCCGCGCCGGAGAUGCCCAGCUCGGAGAGGGUGGAGAGGAGGAUCUGAUGGUUCACAGUAUCAAAGGCAGCAGACAGGUCUAGAAGGACAAGAGCAGAGGAGAGAGAGUUAGCUUUAGCAGUGCGGAGAGCCUCCGUGACACAGAGAAGAGCAGUCUCAGUUGAAUGACCAGUCUUGAAACCUGACUGGUUUGGAUCAAGAAGGUCAUUCUGAGAGAGAUAGCAAGAGAGUUGGCUAAAGACGGCACGCUCAAUAAUUUUGGAGAGAAAAGAAAGAAGGGAUACUGGUCUGUAGUUGUUGACAUCAGAGGGAUCGAGUGUUGGUUUUUUGAGAAGGGGUGCAACUCUCGCUCUCUUGAAGACGGAAGGGACAUAGCCAGCGGUCAAGGAUGAGUUGAUCAGCGAGGUGAGGUAAGGGAGAAGGUCACCGGAGAUGGUCUGGAGAAGAGAGGAGGGGAUAGGGUCAAGCGGGCAGGUUGUUGGGCGGCCUGCCGUCACAAGUCGCAAGAUUUUAUCUGGAGAGAGAGGGUAGAAAGAAGUCAAAGCAUAGGGUAGGGCAGUGUGAGCAGGACUAGCAGUGUCAUUUGACUUAACAAACGAGGAUCGGAUGUCGUCAACCUUCUUUUCAAAAUGGUUGACGAAGUCAUCCACAGAGGGGGGGGGGGGGGGGGGAUUCAGCGGGGAGGAGAAUGUGGCAAAGAGCUUCCUAGGGUUAGAGGCAGAUGCUUGGAAUUUAGAGUGGUAGAAAGUGGCCGUAGCAGCAGAAACAGAUGAAGAAAAUGUAGAGAGGAGGGAGUGAAAAGAUGCCAGGUCCGCAGGGAGUCUAGUUUUCUUCCAUUUCCGCUCAGCUGCCCGGAGCUCUGUUCUGUGAGCUCGCAAUGAGUCAUCAAGCCACGGAGCUGGAGGGGAGGAACGAGCCGGCCGGGAGGAUAGGGGACAUAGAGAGUCAAAGGGUUGAGGAGGCAGAAUCAGGAGAUUGGAGGGAGAAGGAUUGAGCAGAGGGAAGAGAUGAUAGGAUGGAAGAGGAGAGAGUAGCGGGAGAGAGAGAGCGAAGGUUGCGACGGCGCAUUACCAUCUGUGUAGGGGCAGAGUGAGUAGUGUUGGAGGAGAGCGAGAGAGAAAAGGAUACAAAGUAGUGGUCGGAGACAUGGAGGGGAGUUGCAGUGAGAUUAGUAGAAGAACAGCAUCUAGUAAAGAUGAGGUCAAGCGUAUUGCCUGCCUUGUGAGUAGGGGGGGACGGUGAGAGGGUGAGGUCAAAAGAGGAGAGGAGUGGAAAGAAGGAGGCAGAGAGAAAUGAGUCAAAUGUAGACGUAGGGAGGUUGAAAUCCCCCAGAACUGUGAGGGGUGAGCCAUCCUCAGGAAAGGAACUUAUCAAGGCGUCAAGCUCAUUGAUGAACUCUCCAAGGUAACCUGGAGGGCGAUAGAUGACAAGGAUAUUCAGCUUAAAUGGGCUAGUGACUGUGACAGCAUGGAAUUCAAAUGAGGAGAUAGACAGAUGGGUCAGGGGAAAAAUUGAGAAUGUCCACUUGGGAGAAAUGAGGAUUUCUGUGCCACCACCCCGCUGACCAGAUGCUCUCGGGGUAUGCGAGAACACAUGGUCAGACGAGGAGAGAGCAGUAGGAGUAGCAGUGUUUUCAGUGGUAAUCCAUGUUUCCGUGAGCGCCAAGAAGUCGAGGGACUGGAAGGUAGCAUAGGCUGAGAUGAACUCUGCCUUGUUGGCAGCAGAACGGCAGUUCCAGAGGCUGCCUGAGACCUGGAACUCCACGUGGGUGGUGCGUGCAGGGACCACCAGGUUAGAGAGGCAGCAGCCACGCGGUGUGAGGCGUUUGUGUAGCCUGUGCGGAGAGGAGAGAACAGGGAUAGGCAGAGGCAUAGUUGACAGGCUGCAGCAGAUGGCUACAAUAAUGCAGAGGAGAUUGGAAUGAAAUGAACUAAACAUCUGGGAAAGGAGAGAGCGGGGCCUCCCUCACCACAACUCCCAAAUAUAACUCUCCCAACUUCCACCUCAGAAACUAUAAUUGUUGUAAACUACAGCGGUUCAAUGUUUUCUAGGAAUAGACUAACUUAGUUUAUUCAGCUAGCUAACUAGGUGCAGUAUUAUUCCGUGAAAAUCGUCCGGGCACUUAGUCAUAAGACGCCACAGCCAGCUAGCAUGCCGGACUCCAACAACACAGUUUAGCGCCAAUACUCGGCCACAACAAACCACCAGUGUAUCAACAGGCAAGCAGAUCGUUCGUGUCCGUGUCUAACGUUGUGGGUUAGUCCCGACAGCUUGAGCGAGUCCGUCGUCAACUUAUUCAGCCAGUUAGUUAGCUAGAAUAGUUAGCAAACUAGCUAGCCAUUGCUUUCAGACAAAGAAGAACCCCUCCUUUCACGGCACGAACACACAGAGAGAGCCAAACUAACGUUAACUAGUCACCCAUGUUCCGAAUUCCUUGAACGACUCGGGCUAUCAAUAUGUAAAAAACAAAACACAAAUGUAGGUUAUGACUUACCCCUAGCAGCUACUGUUAGCUAGCCAAGUGCAAAGCUAGCCACUGAAUUGACUCAGCCAGUUCGCGUCUGUUCGCUCGGUCGUUCCAGCUAUUGUUUACAGACGUACAUAAUUGAGGUGUAACAUAUGAAACCUUAUCUAGGCACCUGUGCUUUACCCGUGUCACUCAUUGUCAUUUCAGACAUCCCUUCUUCUACUAUAGGCUGCCGCUUCUCUCUAGUUCUUUCAGUCACUCCCAACAUUUGUUUCCUGGAGAAGUAGCUCUGAUCAUGAGUUGCAAUGAUCAUGAAAACGGUGAGGAAUCAGCCCAGAACUACACGGGAGGAUCUUGUCAAUGAUCUCAAGGCAGCUGGGACCAUAGUCACCAAGAAAACAAUUGGUAACACACUACGCCGUGAAGGACUGAAAUCCUGCAGCGCCCACAAGGUCCCCCUGCUCAAGAAAGCACAUAUACAUGCCCAUCUGAAGUUUGCCAAUGAACAUCUGAAUGAUUCAGAGGAGAACUGGGUGAAAGUGUUGUGGUCAGAUGAGACCAAAAUGGAGCUCUUUGGCAUCAACUCAACUCACCGUGUUUGGAGGAGGAGGAAUGCUGCCUAUGACCCCAAGAACACCUUCCCCACCGUCAAACAUGGAGGUGAAAACAUUAUGCUUUGGGGGUGUUUUUCUGCUAAGGUGGACGGUGGACGGGCCAUGUAUCGUCAAAUAUUGGGUGAGAACCUCCUUCCCUCAGCCAGGGCAUUGAAAAUGGGUCGUGGAUUGGUAUUCUAGCAUAACAAUGACCCAAAACACACGGCCAAGGCAACAAAGGAGUGGCUCAAGAAGAGGCACAUUAAGGUCCUGGAGUGGCCUAGCCAGUCUCCAGACCUUAAUCCCAUAGAAAAUAUGUGGAGGGAGCUGAAGGUUCAAGUUGCCAAACGUCAGCCUCGAAACCUUAAUGACUCGAAGAAGAUCUGCAAAGAGGAGUGGGACAAAAUCCCUCCUGAGAUGUGUGCAAACCUGGUGGCCAACUACAAGAAACGUCUGACCUCUGUGAUUGCCAACAAGGGUUUUGCCACCAAGUACUAAGUCAUGUUUUGUAGAGGGGUCAAAUACUUAUUUAUCUCAUGAAAAUUGUUGUUGUUAUUCUGUCUCUCACUGUUCAAAUAAACCUACCAUUAAAAUUAUAGACUGAUCAUUUCUUUGUCAGUGGGCAAACGUACAAAAUCAGCAGGGGAUCAUAUACUUUUUUCCCUCACUGUAUGUAGUCAUUAUAAAAAAACAUCAGGAAGGAUGUCAUUGUAUCAUGAGCUACCAGUUAAGUACAUGCAGUGAGGCUCUUGUAUUUAAAAUUAUUGUCCAACAUACCAUACACACAGUACACAAAAAUAUCCUAUUGAAUGUUCUGUCUGUUCCGUAUCCAGGUUCUGCACGACCACAUUGGCUUCCGCUUCGAGGUGCUGGAGGUGAUUGGGAAAGGAUCCUUUGGACAGGUCCUGAAAUGUCUGGACCACAAGACCCACGAGCUGGUCGCCAUCAAGGUCAUUCGCAAUAAGAAAAGGUACAAACAAAACAUUUUGCUACAUGCACUUGAAUACGCAUCCAGUGCUCAAAGACUCUGAAACAGACCUUCUUGUGUGAGGUCAGUACCGUCAGGUGACGUCAGGUCAGUUAUCCAAAGGAGUUACCUCGGUAUUGCUUUACCUGUCCUCUCUCAGGUGAUCCAAUGCAGUCUGUGUGUCAAUGGAACUCCGCCUCCUCCUCUUUGACUUUGAUUGAUGCAGAUGCCAUCAGUUCUUACUGCCCUUCAAUAAUGCAGAAAACAAAAUGGGCGCUUACCGCCUUAGGGCUGUCUUGGUCUCGCCACUGGGACCUUGUCUUGAACUAAGCCCUCUCAAAGAUCCUGUUUCUCCUGGGAGAGGAGAUUCUCCCUUCUUUGCAGCUGUCAUAAUUUUUCACAUCAAAGGAAAUUAAAACUGGAAUUUAAAAAUAUUAGCUAGGAGAUGUUCCAUGGUCACUGCAAAACGAAAGCUUGUCAAUCAAAAUCAGUCACGUUUUUUUAUUUUGAAUGGUUAAAUCCAGAAUGGAGCCGUGACUAACUCUAACUAACUCUUACAUUGGACUGUAGGUUUCACCACCAGGCCCUAGUGGAACUGAAGAUCCUGGAUGCUGUGAGGAGGAAAGACAGGGAAAACUGCCACAAUGUCAUCCAUAUGAAAGAAUAUUUCUACUUCCGCAACCAUCUCUGCAUCUCCUUCGAGCUGCUAGGGUGAGUGUAGUGUGUUGUCAAAUCAAAUCAAAUCAAAACAAAUGUUAUUGGCCACAUGCGCCGAAUACAACAGGUGCAGACAUUACAGUGAAAUGCUUACUUACAGCCCUUAACCAACAGUGCAUUUAUUUUUAACAAAAAAUAAAAAAAAAUAAACAACAAAAAAAGUGUUGAGAAAAAAAGAGCAGAAGUAAAAUAAAAUAACAGUAGGGAGGCUAUAUAUACAGGGGGUUGCCGGUGCAGAGUCAAUGUGCGGGGGCACCGGCUAGUUGAGGUAGUUGAAGUAAUAUGUACAUGUGGGCAGAGUUAAAGUGACUAUGCAUAAAUAAUUAACAGAGUAGCAGCAGCGUAAAAGGAUGGGGUGGGGGGGCAGUGCAAAUAGUCUGGGUAGCCAUGAUUAGCUGUUCAGGAGUCUUAUGGCUUGGGGGUAGAAGCUGUUGAGAAGUCUUUUGGACCUAGACUUGGCACUCCGGUAACCGCUUGCCGUGCGGUAGCAGAGAGAACAGUCUAUGACUAGGGUGGCUGGAGUCUUUGACAAUUUUGAGGGCUUUCCUCUGACACCGCCUGGUAUAGAGGUCCUGGAUGGCAGGAAGCUUGGCCCCAGUGAUGUACUGGGCCGUACGCACUACCCUCUGUAGUGCCUUGCGGUCGGAGGCCAAGCAGUUGCCAUACCAGGCGGUGAUGCAACCAGUCAGGAUGCUCUCGAUGGUGCAGCUGUAUAAUUUUUUGAGGAUCUGAGGACCCAUGCCAAAUCUUUUCAGUCUCCUGAGGGGGAAUAGGCUUUGUCGUGCCCUCUUCACGACUGUCUUGGUGUGUUUGGACCAUGAUAGUUCGUUGGUGAUGUGGACACCAAGGAACUUGAAGCUCUGUAUGUAUAACACUAUUAUAAGACACCUGAAAUGAUGAUUAAAGCAAUCACACGCACAAACAUACAAACAUGCACACACACACACACAAACAAAAUAGUCCCGGUAGAAGAUAAAUGGAACCCUGAGUAAUUCAUGUGUUAAUCAAAGGUAUUCAAGGUUAGGCACCUCUCCUGAGGUACAGCAACAGGACUUAAGCCCUGAACUCCCCUAUUACAUACACAGCUUGCUUAUCACUAGUCACUUAAAAUGCUACACUACUUGAGCAAAGUGAGCGUCCUACCUAGAACAAUCUGCCUCAACUAGCUUUAGGUUCCCUCUGAGACAAGAUCAUCUUCUAUACCAGGCUUGCUGACCUUUAGUAGACGUCUUGGACUGCCACCUUGCCCUGUCUAACAUUACCGUCACCCAAUCCCUUAGUUAAUGGCUUGGUUAGAGCUCUAUCUCUUUCCUCUGCCUGCUCGCGGUGUGAAGUCUCUGGUUACACCAGCCAGAGAAGUUUGUACUUCCCAGAUGUAUUGAGAAAUACAAAGAAUAACUCUCAGAGAGUCUCUCUUCUUAAUGUUAAGACAUUCAAGACUGUUAAGUAAUCUGAUUUAGCAUGCAAUAUAAUGGUGUUCACUUCGUUUUUUAUAUCUUAUUACUAAAUUGCAUGGUCUUGCUAGAUUUGACUGAGCUAUACCAUGAUUUUUUAAAAAGCAGUAUAGUGCUGGCCUCUAGAGGACUAAUAAACUAUUACAUUUGAGGCCAAACCCUCCAUGCAGUGGUGGGGGAAAAAAAGCAGAGAAAGACUGGGAAUAGUGACAGACAUUUUAUCAUUUGACCAGUUCUCUAAAUUAUUGUCUUUCUGUCUUCUUAUAGAGUCAACUUGUAUGAGCUGAUCAAGAAGAACAACUUCCAGGGCUUCAGUCUGGCCCUGAACCGUUGUUUCACCCACUCCCUGCUCAAGUGCCUGCAGAUGCUGCAUAAGGAGAAGAUCAUCCACUGUGACCUCAAACCGGUAAGGUUCCACAAAUCCCCAUAUGUUGUAAUGGCUCUAUAUGGAACAGUAACAACACAAAUAAUACCCAGCUGAGGAGUCAGACAUGCUAAUGCACAGUACCAGUGCACUGCAGAGGAAAUAAGUUGGUUGCACUUUGAUUGGUAUCUUGGAAAAUGUCAAAUUGACAUUGUUUCUCUUUUUUCACAAAAGGAGAACAUACUUCUGUCUCAGAAAGGACAAGGAAAUAUCAAGGUGGUUGACUUUGGGUCCAGCUGUUAUGAGCAGCAGAGAGGUGUGACUCACCUGAUUAAAUACCUAAUUAAAAGUCUGAUAUUAAAAUCUCCAAAGCCACAGCACUCAGAAUGUUAACAUUAACUCCGCUCCCUCCCUCUUUCUCCCUCUCUCUCCCUCUCUCCCUCUCUCCCUCUCUCUCUCUCCCUCUCUCUCUCCCUCUUUCUCCCUCUCUCUCCCCUCUCUCUCUCUCCCUCUCUCCUCUCUCCCGCUCUCUCUCCCUCUCUCUCCCUCUCUCUCCUCUCCUCUCUCUCCCUCUCUCUCUCUCUCCCUCUCUCUCCUCUCUCUCUCUCUCUCCCGCUCUCUCUCCUCUCUCCUCUCUCUCUCCCUCUCUCUGUCCUCUCUGUCCUCCUCUCUCCCCUCUCUCUCUCCUCUCUCUCCUCUCUCCUCUCUCUCCUCUCUCUCUGUUCUCCCUCUCGUCUCCCUCUCUCUCUCUCCCUCUUUCUACUCUCUCUUUCUCCUUGUCUAGUCUACACCUACAUCCAGAGUCGUUUCUACCGCUCCCCAGAGGUUAUCCUGGGCCACCCCUACAGCAUGGCCAUCGACAUGUGGAGUCUGGGCUGCAUCAUGGCUGAGCUCUACACCGGCUUCCCCCUAUUUCCUGGGGAGAGUGAGGUGGAGCAGAUUGCGUGCAUCAUGGAGGUACAGAACCAACCACCUGCAGACAUACAGCCUCAGACCACAGCGCUAGCCAAUUGGAGUAUCUGAUGUUGGAUGUUUUUAGGAAUCCAUUUAUCCAUCACCAUUCAAGAACAUUCUGUUCUUUUAUUUCUUAGGUACUUGGAAUGCCUCCUAAUGAUUUUGUGCAGACAGCAUCCAGGAGAAGGUUGUUUUUCGGUAAGAACUUUCUAUGAUUUGUACAGUAAGAAUGUGUUGUUUCUUUACUUCAGAUAUAUACACUACCGUUCAAAGUUUGGGGUCACUUAGAAAUAUCCUUGUUUUCCAUGAAAACAUACAUGAAAUGAGUUUGAAUAGGAAAUAUAGCAAAAUGAAUAGGAAAUGUAGUCAUUGACAAGGUUAGAAAUAAUGAUUUUUAAUUGAAAUAAUAAUUGUGUCCUUCAAACUUUGCUUUCGUCAAAGAAUCAUCCAUUUGCAGCAAUUACAGCCUUGCAGACCUUUGGCAUUCUAGUUGUCAAUUUGUUGAGGUAAUCUGAAGAGAUUUCACCUCAUGCUUCCUGAAGCACCUCCCACAAGUUGGAUUGGCUUGAUGGGCACUUCUUACGUACCAUACGGUCAAGCUGCUCCCACAACAGCUCAAUAGGGUUGAGAUCCGGUGACUGUGCUGGCCACUCCAUUAUAGACCGAAUACCAGCUGACUGCUUCUUCCCUAAAUAGUUAUUGCAUACUUUGGAGCUGUGCUUUGUCUGUUGGAGGAAAUUGGCAUGGCCCACAGGGCAUGGCAUGGCGUUGCAAAAUGGAGUGAUAGCCUUCCUUCUUCAAGAUCCCUUUUACCCUGUACAAAUAUCCCACUUUACCACCACCAAAGCACCCCCAGACCAUCACAUUGCCUCCACCAUGCUUGACAGAUGGCAUCAAGCACUCCUCCAGCAUCUUUUCAUUUGGUCUGCGUCUCACAAAUGUUCUUCUUUGUGAUCCAAACACUUCAAACUUUGAUUCGUCUGUCCAUAACACUUUUCCCCAAACUUCCUCUGUCCAGUGUCUGUGUUCUUUUGCCCAUUUUAAUAUUUUAUUUUUAUUGGCCAGUCUGAGAUAUGGCUUUUUCUUUGCAACUCUGCAUAGAAGGUCAGCAUCCCGGAGUCGACUCUUCACUGUUGACAUUGAAACUGGUGUUAUGCGGGAACUAUUUAAUGAAGAUGCCAGUUGAGGACCUGUGAGGCGUCUGUUUCUCAAACUAGACACUAAUGUAUUUGUCCUCUUGCUCAGUUGUGCACCGGGGCCUCCCACUCCUCUUUCUAUUCUGGUUAGAGCGCUGUUCUGUGAAGGGAGUAGUACACAGCGUUGUACGAGAUCUUCAGUUUCUCGCAUGGAAUAGCCUUCAUUUCUCAGAACAAGAAUAGACUGACGAGUUUCAGAAGAAAGUUAUUUGUUUCUGGCCAUUUUGAGCCUGUAAUCGAACCCACAAUUGUUGAUGCUCCAGAUACUCAACUAGUCUCAAGAUAAUGGACCUCUGUACACCUAUGUAGAUAUUAAAAAAUUGCUUUUCUUUCGAAAACAAGGACAUUUCUAAGUGACCCCAAACUUUUGAACGGUAGUGUAUACGGUAUAGAUGUAUACAAUUAGCAGCAACAAAACAUCUUAAGAAAGGAUUAGGGCCUGAAUUAAUCAGAUGAAUCUCUGGGUUGUGUUUGAACCAUGAGGUUUGGUAAGUCUCUAACUAGUGUGUUUGAUGACUUGUUGCAGACUCCAAAGGAAACCCCAGAAACAUCACAAACAGCAAAGGGCGGAAGAGGCGACCCAACUCCAAAGACCUAGCCAGUAUUUUGAAGACCAACGAUCCUCUGUUCCUGGACUUCCUUCAACACUGCCUCACGUACUACAACACUGACACACUAGAAAUCUAGAAUCCAGCACAAGAUUAUUACUCUAUGCUUUCAGGGUCAUGAAAAGCAGAGUUACUGUUGUCAUGAGAUUUCUGGUAGUGACCUGUUACACUUGUGUGGAACAGGGCAAAUAUAAGCACCCCCCCAAAUUAUUAUUAUUAUUAUUAGCUUGCUUCAUCUUCUCCACACACACUCAGUAUAUAUUUCUGUGAUAUCUAGGUGGGAUCCAACCAAGCGUAUGACACCAGACGAAGCGAUGCAACAUGAGUGGAUCCAGGAGGCUCGUCUCAACAAGCCCCGGCCCAAAACACGACCCAUUAUGAGGAAGCCCAGUGAAAGCGUGAGCAGCACAGAAAAUAACUACGAGGCCACGUACCGCAAAGUAUUCGCUAACAGGACAGGUAAGACCAGGCCUCUCACUUUAUUUUUUCUCUAAAAUCAAUCUUCACAAUGUGUCAGAACAAUUUAUGGAUUAAACCACAUCAUUCUGUACUUUGCAGCUGAGAAGAUUGGGUCCGAUAGCAAUGACAAGCUGAAAAGAGACCUCUCCACCAAGGCAGGGGGCAAGAUGGUGACCACCGAGCGACUGCAUCCCAUUGGAGCUUCUGCAGAGGUGGAGUUGUGUGAGGGUGUGGCCAAGGUCAACAGGGACAACAAUCAGGAGGCGAGUGAGGAGAGGCCCGUGGACAUCAUCAUCAAGCCUCAGCUAGAUGUGGGCACUGACGGAGAUCAGGAGUUGUCCCAGUGUCUGCCCCCUAUCAUGUAGCAGCACAAGGGAGGGGGCAGGAGGGCACCACUAGGCAUUAUGAACUUUAACAUCAUCAACGAGACACAGAAGAUAAUGCAUACUGUUGUCAUGUAUAGGGGACCUCCUGUUUUGUGACAUUCCUGUGGUCUAUGAGAUUCAUUCUAUACAUUCUAUAGAGUUACCUUAGCUGUUCUGAGCCUCCCACUGAAUGCACUGUCUACGUGUCAUGGAGAAGAGCAAAGAUUGAUAGUUUGGCAAGCUACCAAUCCCGACUCCAACUAGGGUUAUUGUUGAUGGUUAGUUUACUGUUUAAAGGAGGCUCAGAGACAGAGACAGGAUCAGUUGAGGUUACAAUUCAGGAAUACCCUGGCACGACAGCAUUAUGCUUUUCUUAUGUGCAUCUUUUGUGUGCAUCUUUUGUGUCCCAGAUCACAAUCCUCAACCCCAGCUAGUGUUACCUGUUGUACAUUGACUUCUUUGAAAAGGAAAAGGCGCAACGCUCGCUCACCAUUAAACAUUUAUUGUUUUAUUUAAGUUUAAAAGAUUAACGUUUCGGCCUU